AUGUCCCAGUCCAAGGAGAGAAUUUCUCCGAUCAAGAAGGUCAAGGCAGCGCUCGUCCGAUCCCCCAAAUCGCCCUCGCCCAUGUCUGGCAGGAUCGACCUCGGGGACAGCAAAGGCGCCAGUGCCACCGCCGGCGAGCUCGAUUCCCGGAUCGAAGACAUCUACUUUGACGACCCAAAGUCGCGAGAGAGCCUGAGCACCAACCCGGGAGACACGGCGAAGCACUUGGCCGAGCGGAAAAGGUGCACCACGGAUAACUGGAAGGCCGAGAUUGAGCGGCGGAUCAUCGCCGACUGCAAAAUGGUCGACCACGCCUACAGCGACAAAAACCCGUUUCGGAACCAGGCUUACGGGCACGGCGACGGUCAGAAAUGA